AUGUCUCCCACCUACCUCAAGCUCUUCCUAGCGAUGCUGGGCCUCUUCAGCAUUGCCACUAGUGCACUGCCAGCAGAUCCAGAGAGCAUCACCAUUUCGCUCCAGGAUCCACCAACUACUUCAUCCAUCGCUUUACCCUCGCCCACGAUCCCAACCUGCGCCGGCUCGAACACCGAAUUCACUUGCCCUGUCGGCAACGACACUCACUACGUAGCGCACGACUGCCAGGACUUCGUGAUCGAGUGCGGCACCGACCGCACCGGCGGCGACCUUCCCAACAGCCCGCAGUAUCCCGGAUCAUUCUUGGGCUGCGUCGACGCGUGCGCGAGCGACGAGGCGUGCGUGGCUCUCGUCUACACCGACGGGCCGUGCUACCUCAAGGGAGAGCUGGUGGCCACAGUUGAGCUGCCGGGCGCUACGGGCGCGAGGAAGGCGACGGCGUUGGUAUCGGCGACGGAGACGUCAUUCUUGGAAGCGCCGGUCGUGACCAGCUCGGUGUGGGCAGAGCCUGAACCUUGGACCACUUCGCUGAGCGCACCCAUCGUGGUGACUACAUCGGUCGUGUUUAGCGUCGCGAGCUCGGUGGCUGUGGCGACGGUCACCACGACGAUUCUUGGAGUCUCGUCGCUUGGAAUUUGA